CUCUGCUAGGAUCUGCUCGUCCUUGGAGACGCGCAGAUGGAUUACUUUUCAAAAUUCAGAAAGCGCAUCGUCACCCCAAAGGCUCAGCCUACUGGGGCGAUGCAGCUUGCCAAAUUUCAUAAAUGCUGGAACUAUGUACAUAAUAUAUAUGCUGCCGAUGAUAGGAAACCCAAUCUACAUGUUCAGCAGACCGAAAUACCGAGCCGUUUACGACAAAUGGUAGAUUUGCUUGUGGAUGAAGAAGCCAGACAAGAGGAUAGCUCAACUGGAGUGUGCAUGGAGUACUUUUUAAAGAACGGCAUAUUGCACUUCCUCGUCAACGUAUCCGAAAAAGCAGACUAUCCUGUUGGCAUGCGCAGCGAAACCAUACGAACAGUUGCCAGUAUGAUCGAUCUUUUAGAUGACCGCUUUCUUGUACAGCAUGCUGUACAUAAGCCUACCAUCCGCUUGCUUCGAUUCUGUGUUUUGGAUGAACAACAAAGCGAUCAGUACGAUGAAGAUCUUGUCGAUCUUAUGUAUAUCAUCUGUUCCAAAAUCCAUGGCUUUCCUGCGCUACUCAACAUCUUCUUUCAUGAUCGUCAAUGGUUGACGACACCUCAGAAAACCCAGCACCCAACUACGCCCGAUCAAACUCAAUCCGCAGACAAUCCGCUGCUGACGAAUCUCCAAAGGCAUGGCCAAGGAGAGAAGAAGCCAGAUUACGAAUUUGUUCUAUUCAGCUACCUACUGCGGUUUGUACACCGAGAAGGUCGAUCAGGAGAUUUCGCUCGAACCGGCCUAUUGUUUCUAAUGGAAAUGGCUACUGGUCAACUAGGUGAUUUCAUUCUAGAGUCGGAUUUUGCUACUAUUAUGGCGGCCGGUCUUGGUGCACUUUACUCUCAGUUACCCCGCAAACUCGUAGUCCAAGAAGAAACAGAUGCGUCCAAUAACAGUACUACUUUCCUACUGGCAUCUGAUCAAGAUACCAUGGGUAUGCCUUUUGACAUUGACGUUGAAACUUCCAACUCAUCUGACUUCCGAAGUCGAUUGGAUUCUUUCCUAAAAUUGUUGGAAUUUUGUCAAGACGUCUUGACCCGGUGCCCCAGUGUGGAAAUCUGUGUUUCUCUAUUGCAAAACAUACGAUCUAUUUUUCUGGAGAAUAUCUUAUACCCAUCCAUUUUGGAAUGCUCUGAUACCGAUGGUUCAGCUGUGGCUGUCAUUAGCUACAUCGACAUGAUCCUGCAGACCUUACAACAAGACGAACUAGUAGAUGUUGUUGUAGGGUUCUUGAUGGCUAUGGAUGAUAAUCCUGAAGAUUUGAAAGUCACUAGUCCACAAGUCGAGAAGCCUGCUUUGUUACCGGAUGGCAAACAAGCAUCCGACAUUUAUGUUGGCAUAGAAGGCGACAAAGUCAAGAGCUCUCCUUAUUUCACUGCCCUUGGAAGGUUCACUCUCAAAGAUCUCAUCUUUUCACGCCUCAAAUCAAGCUCUCAGCCAACUGUGAUUGCCACUCUCAAAUUAUUGAAAACUUUGAUAUCAAACCACUGCCGAUACUCCUUGCGUCUCUUGUCGAUACAACUGGACGAUACUGCUACUAGCUUUCCUCAUACUGUGCAAUUCAAUGAGCAAACAGAAAGACUGGAAGAUGGUGAAUUGAAUGCGCAGAAAGCCACCAUGACCACCAUUUCACACCACAAUCGUGAAAUUGAGCUGUUUUUCUCUUUGAUAUGCACUAUCGACUACAAACACUCUCAAGAUAUUCUCUCACUUGGUUAUGAAGCAUAUCUUAGUGAUGUAGAGACCACCAUUUUGAGUGAUUGCUGUUAUCAAAAUGGCGCAAAUAUGGAUUCGGACAUGGCAGGGAACCACCACCAAAGGCAAUCUAAGCUAGAGAAGCGACGAAGUUUGAAGUAUGGUCAAAGGUACGAUGAAAGGGUAGCAAGAAGCAGGGAAUCAAGCUCUGGUAAAUUCCCAGCCAAGUACACUCACCAACAUCUGUACACGAUGCCCAAGCACCGAUUGAAGCAAACAGAUCCUUUGUUGCAAAUACUUUUGGGGCUGCUCUCACAUUUCUUCGCCCAAUCUUCAGAACUCAAUUUGGCCUUGACAGCUGUUAUAUCUGCCUUGGCGAUCUGCCCAUUCCGCAGUUUAGAAGGGUGGCUCGCAUUUAACGAAGAAGAUAGAGCACGAGAUGUACUUGUCCUUGGCCCUGAUCAGACCAGUACAGAAAGACAAUCCAACAGACCAGGAAACAAGAUUCGUGUCAACGACAUAUACGCGCAGUUUGAUAAAGACCCAACACCAGUCAAUGAAGAUGAUGAGGGUGAUGAUCGGUCUAUUGAUUUUGGCAUGGAUAGAAAUUCGGUUAAUAUGACUGUAGCCACCAACUUUAGGUCGUUCCCACCCAUCUUCACGUUGCUUCGUACUUUAACUCAACAGGUUGAUUACUAUCGGUCAGAAAUAACUCAAUUUGACACGUAUUUGGAAGACAGAAGACAAGGCUUGUUCUUUGGCGAUGCAUUUGCCAACCUUUCCGUGACGCCAUCAGCAUCAAGUGAUAAUGCGAAACAAGCUGAAAUCUCGCAAACUUCUUCCUCUACUAUGAGCCUCUUCUUUGGCGUUGGUGCUGGAAGCAAGAAGCAGUCAUCAAAAUCCAAGGUGAAUUCAAAUACCCAACCCAACAGCCAAGGUACUGCUGCCAAGAACGCGACAAACAAGAAUCCAGCAAGCCCUAUCCCCAAUAGUAAUAAUACUGCUUACCAAAAUGCGGAGAUGUCGGAUGCUCUAGUUGCACAUGUGCGCAAAAUGGCAGACGUUCGUAUCCAGCCUUUAUUUCCUUCCAAUUUCGUGGUAGAACCUCGUGAGACCAUUCUGAAUCUGAAUGAUGAAGAUGAAGACACAUUUGCACCUAAAGGAAGGAAUCCAUCACAACCAAAGAGGCAAGACAAGUCCACUGAAAUCAAGCUGUCGACGCUGCUGAACAAUGUGGUUAUUUUAGAAGAAUGUAUUAAAGAGCUUGUUGCUCUAGUUCAAGUACGCAGAAGUAUGGGAAUCGAUGAGAUUCUUUACACUUAGACUUAUGUAUGCCCUUUUUCCCAAUAAUAUCAUCUGACAAUAUAAUACCCACUAUUUUGUAAAGCGAGAACAUGGCUUCCUAAUAAGCUGAGAUAAGCUGAGCUAAUACAAAGGAUGUCGUGUCUACUUUCACUUUGAAACGCGUCUUAGGAUAGUUUGCUUCAC